ACUUUAGACAAACAUUUAAACGCGUACCACCCCUCUUGAGGAGCCACACGGUGCUCGUCUGAAUCAAACAGAAGUCAUGGCUGCUCCACCUGUAGUCAUUUGGGAGGAUGAGGUGACGGAGCUGCUGCUUUACAGAGACCUGAUCCCACGGCUGGAGGAGGCUUUGGGGAAGUUCUCCAGACGGGACAGCGCGGAGGUGAUCCAGCCUGUGCGCACCAUUAUUCCCCUGCAGAAACACAACGGCUUCCUGGGUUUGAUGCCUACAUACAUGGAGAACGAUGGUGUCCUGAGCACAAAGUUCGUGUGUUUCUAUAAGAGGGGGGACGAUUCAGAUUUACCUUCCACACAAGCAACAGUGGUGCUGCUGGAUCCUGAGUAUGGGAAUGUAAAGGCUGUCAUGAAUGGAGAGGUCAUCACGAGAAUGAGGACAGCUGCAGCUUCAGCCAUCUCUGCUAAAUUGUUGAUGCGUCCUGAAGCGGAGGUUCUGGCCAUAUUGGGGACCGGCAAUCAAGCUCUGAGUCAUUACAAUGUCUUCACAGAAAUAUUUUCCUUUAAAGAGGUGCGUGUGUGGAGCCGCACGAGGGAAGGGGCAGAGAGGUUUUGCAAAUGUGUCAGUGGUCCAGUGAGGGCAUGUGUCUCGGUGGAGGAGGCGGUGAGGGGAGCAGACGCCAUAGUUACAGUCACAAGAUGUACAGAGCCGGUGCUGUUUGGUCAGUGGGUCAAACCAGGAGCACAUGUCGCAGCGGUGGGAGCCUGCAGGCCAGACUGGCGGGAGCUGGACGACGUGCUGAUGAAGGAGGCAGUGGUGUACGUCGACAGCAGGGAGGGAGCGAUGGCUGAGUCUGGUGACAUCAUCCUCUCUGGGGCUGAAGUGUUGGCGGAGAUCGGAGAGGUUAUAAAUGGGACAAAACCUGCGUACAGAGAGAAGAUCACCGUGUUCAAAUCCCUCGGAAUGGGAGUUGAGGAUGCAGUGUCUGCUAAGCUGGUGUUUGACCAAUGGAAUGCAAAAGCCAGCAAACAAUGAAUUGUGUUGGUAUUUCAGCUUGGACCAUCGAGAGCACAAAACACUGCACACUUUGAUCAAGCACACAAAAGAUUAGGGGGGAAAAAAAUCAAGAUUAAGGCAAAAUAUGAAAAGACGGGAUCAAGCCCAAA